AUGUCUCUGUACGUGCUCUACGAGUCGGCCUCUGGAUACGGUCUGUUCUUUGCGCACGGGCUCGAUGAAGUAGGGCAGAACACCGAGGGGGUUCGGAACUCAGUUUCCGACCUGAACCGGUUCGGGAAGGUGGUGAAGCUCGCUGCAUUUAGUCCCUAUGAGUCCGCACUGGAUGCUCUCAAUCAGUGCAACGCCGUCUCCGAAGGUCAAAUGACUGACGAGCUGAAGAACUUCUUGGAGCUUAAUUUACCAAAGGUUAAGGAAGGAAAGAAGGUGAAGUUUAGCUUGGGAGUGGCAGAGCCAAAGCUUGGGUCACAUAUUUUUGAAGUUACGAAGAUACCCUGCCAAAGCAAUGAAUUUGUUCUUGAGAUACUUCGAGGCAUUCGGUUGCAUUUCAGUCGUUUCAUUGAAAACCUUAAGCCUGGAGAUUUGGAGAAAGCGCAACUCGGUCUGGGUCACAGUUACAGCAGGGCGAAGGUGAAGUUCAAUGUGAACCGCGUGGAUAAUAUGGUUAUUCAGGCUAUUUUUCUUCUUGAUACCCUUGAUAAGGAUAUAAAUUCCUUUUCCAUGAGAGUAAGGGAAUGGUACUCUUGGCACUUCCCUGAACUAGUGAAGAUUGUCAACGACAACUAUCUUUAUGCCAAAGUUGCAAAGUAUGUGGAAGACAAAUCUCAUUUGUCUGAAGAACAUUUAUCGGGCCUGACAGACAUUGUUGGAGAUGAAGAUAAAGCAAAGGAGAUCAUAGAGGCUGCCAAGGCAUCGAUGGGACAAGACCUGUCACCUGUAGAUUUGAUUAACGUCAAGCAAUUUGCACAGAGGGUGAUGGACCUUGCCGAGUACAGGAAGAAGCUCUAUGAUUAUCUGGUGUCCAAGAUGAAUGACAUUGCACCUAAUUUGGCUGCACUCAUUGGUGAAGUUGUUGGUGCUCGUUUGAUUUCUCAUGCUGGCAGUCUCACAAACUUGGCAAAGUGUCCUUCAUCGACUCUCCAGAUUCUUGGUGCCGAGAAGGCUCUUUUUAGGGCUUUGAAAACCAAGGGGAACACUCCAAAGUAUGGUCUUAUAUUUCACUCUUCCUUCAUUGGACGUGCUUCUGCUCGGAAUAAAGGCCGGAUGGCUCGGUACCUUGCGAACAAGUGCUCUAUUGCUUCUCGUAUUGAUUGUUUCUUGGAUAAAAGUACCACUGCUUUUGGAGAGAAGCUGCGUGAACAAGUUGAAGAGCGGCUGGACUUUUAUGAUAAAGGGGUUGCGCCUCGUAAAAACCUCGACGUAAUGAAAUCAGCUAUUGAAACAGUCGACAGCAAAGAGGAUGAGGCUACUGCUAAUGUGAAGGGAAAUGCAAAUGACGAGGAGCCCAAGACUGAGAAGAAGAAGAAAAAGAAGGAAAAGCGAAAAUUGGAGGAAGAAAAAGUCGAGGAAAAGAGUGACGUGAAUAAUGGAUCCAAGGCCGGGGAAGAUGGGAUGACAGCCAAGAAGAAGAAGAAGAAGAAGAAGAGCAAAGAUGAUGAAGUCAUGGAAGAUGUUCCAGCUGCUACAGAAAGUAAGAAGAAGAAGAAAAAGAAGUCGCGUAGUGAAGACGAUGAUUGA